CUAACCACCCGCCAUAUCCACGGAGGAAGAACUCGUCUGAAGAAGAAAUGUGAGAAGACCUACUUCCGGUGUCCUGUUGUCUGGUGAAGAAGAGGCUCCGUAGAGAAGAGAGUAUGCCUUUCUUACACGGCUUCAGAAGAAUAGUUUACGAAUACCAGCCACUUGUGGAUGCAGUGAUGUGUGUUGUAGAGAUGGAGAAAGGGGAAACUAAACCUCACAGGCCUGACAUGGAUGAUGAUGAUAUCUGUAAAUCUCUCAUGGAGCUACUUGAAAAAGAGUCCCAGUCGCCGGUGUUUAUUGAGGGAAUCAGCUACUCUUUGUUUAAAGUGGCAGAACUUGGGAAAAUCAGUGCUGCCCAAGUGCUCUUACGCUAUGGAGCUGACCUAAACUUUGAAGACCCAGUGUCCUACUACAACGCCUUGCACAUUGCAGUGCUUAGGAAUAAACCACAAAUGGUACAAUUGCUAGCUGGACAUGGGGCAAAAAUUGACAAGAGGGAUAGGAUUCAUGAGAGUAGCCCUCUGGACCUUGCCAGUGAGGAAGCAGAUAGACUCUCCUGCCUCCGCAUGCUUUUGGAUCUUGGAGCCGAUGUCAAUGCCAAAGACAAGAAUGGCAAGACUGCCUUGCUGCAUGCUUUUGCCAGCAGUGAUGGAUUGACAGUCAAUAACGCAUGCAAUAUUCAGCUGCUCCUGGAGAGAGGUGCUGAUGUGAAUGCCACAACUCAUGAUGGUGAGACCCCCAUGUCUUCACUCAUCUUCCUAGUUAAAGAGGUCCUGGAUAGCAGCAUAGAAGAUGCAGAAGUGAUUGGGUGCUUCUGUACCCGAGUUGCUGCCCUCCUCUUGGACCACGGUGCUGAUCCUAGCUGUUGUUUGAGCACAAUUGAUGGAGAGGGGUGGGAGCCUUCUUUAACUUACACCAGCUUGGAGCACUUUGACAUCCUUUACCCUAUGGCUACUCUUCUCCUCCAGCGAGGUGCCUCAUUUUUUUGCUCUUGUCAUGGCACAUCAUGCUGGACUGGUUAUAACCUGAUUUUCACUCGGCUGAAAGAAGCUCUGCAAGAACCUCUAGAUGCUGCUGAGGUGACUGACUUGCUGGCUAAAGCUGAGGUAAUAGUAGAGCUUGCUCAGGUGUGCUCUCCAAACUUCCCCCCUUUGCCUGCUCAUUCUGUGCUGUCUGUACAAGGGCAUGAGCCAAUUCCCCAGGCCCUACUGGAGCUUCAGAACCGGCUUAGAGAACAAGAAGCUCAGCCACUCCCCUUGCGUUGCCUCUGUCGCGCCUUUAUCCGCGACUGUCUGCAGCCCUGGCCUCUGGAGGACAAGGUUAAGGCCUUGCCUCUACCAGACAGAUUAAAGGACUAUUUGAUGCCAGAGCACAGUUUAACACAUAGACCUGGGUGGGACAGCUUUAAGCCCCUCUCUACCAUUCAUUAGGAAUGAGACAGAGAGCAGUGGUUUUAAUGCUGUCCCUUCUACUUCUGAUUACUUUACUUCCACAGGAAUUUAUCCUUAAGGAAGCAAGGUCAAAGUAUUAUUUUAUUUAUUUUUUAUUUUUUAUUUUUUUUUGGGGGUGGGGGACAUGCUCAAUACAUAGUGAGAUGCAUGGU